CCGCGCGGUGUUGACGUUCCGAACGACGCUGCGGAUACUAAGCGACUUCGCGACGUAAGGUUACAUAUCCCCUAGCUGUUUUCUUGACCAUCAUUGGCGAUGGACAUCUGUGCUACUUGCCGUGGCGUUCAGAAAGCUUUCUGUUGUGUUACUGUGCUUGUUACUUGCCAUCUUGAAGCAAUUUGCAGUUUUGGAGUGCGUAGAGAUCCAGCGCGCUGUGAUCUGGAUCAAACGGACAAGCUCCUAAUGUAAAACGGUAAAAUACGGAGUGGAGAUCACGACAUCACCAGUGACUCUAACGUAGAUAUUUUUAUACGGUACUACAAAGUAAUAAUGGAUAUCUAUAUAUAUUUUUGGAACGCGUACUCCAUAUUUUCGUAUAUGACGGCAACUAAAUCCAAACAAUCGAACCUACCUCUUGAACGAUAACAAUCGUAACAAUGGCAAGACCCUACUCAUGUGCGUGCAAUCACGAACUAAUACGUAAUUUAAAGUUGUCCUGCCUUUUUGAACUAUAGCACCGUCUUCCAGGAAAUUGAAAACAAAAUGAUUUAGGAAAACGGGAAAUUUUCAUUCAGUAAUAAAAUGCACAUAUGAAGAUUAAUGUAACAUAAAUUAAUUUUUAGCAAUCGUUACGAAAUAGAAUCAUAUUUAAUAUUACAUUAUGACAAAAACCACAAAAUAUUCAUUGUUAUCGUACAUAUGUAAGGGCUAUCUUCCCUUCAGCUUAAUCUGUUACAUUGCAGUAUUUCACUACUAGGAUCAAAUUCUAUCAUGGUUAUGAAUACAAAUCGCAACAAUUACAAAUUAGAUUCCCCGUCCAACAAUAAGGAUUUAUAUAACAAUAGCGGGAGUAACAAUUACCAUCACUAUAACAAUCAGCAGUACCUACAGCAGCAGCCAUCCAUGAAUUACAACAAUUGGUACGUCGCGGACAGUGCCACCCAGCAUAAUGUAUCGCAGUGCGCAGAGCCCCAAACCGUAAAUAAAGCGGACGACGGUGCAGCGUGUUGCAACUGUUUCCUUUUCCAGCCGUGUGGGGGCUCUGAUUCUUGCUGUAACGACUCUCGUGAUCUCGCUGUGCAAUCCUACAAUAACGACAACAAUCGCUCUGCCUCUAAUGUCAUUGCAUCAUACGGAGUGUACGGAACUGCUGCCGCUAGUGAGGAUGACGAUGAUGAUGGAUUCGUGUCGCGAUCUGGUGGCGGUUAUCGGUACCACCAUAGUGUCGUGAACAUUUCCGGAAAUGCUACUAGUACCAAUAUACUGAGGGAAACAUCUGGUAAUGAUAGGACUUGUUGUGUGUCCUCGUGGUGCGCAACACAGGGAUCCUGUUGCUCUGGGGAGCAGGACGAAAAUGCGACCCCGGGAACAGCCGUGCCUACCACGUCUGAUACUUCGUGCUGCUCGAACUGGUGCAGACCCACCAUUUUGCUUCUGUUAUUGGUGCUUAUGGUGGUGGUCUUUGUCUUCAUAUCCGGGAUUCUCCUCUACUUCAACUAUAUGACGUACAAGCCACGGCCUCCUAUAAUUGAAGAGCCUUGCGAGAAGACGUACUGUGCAUAUGGGGCCAACUGUGUGCAGACUCCCGAGGGGCGAGCUGAAUGCCAGUGCCCCACCGAGUGUCCCGCCAUGUUCACACCGGUGUGUGGUACCGACGGUGUCACCUACACUAACCACUGCAUGUUGAGAAUGAAGUCUUGUCGAGAGGAGAAGAACACGCGCGUUCAGCAUGCCGGAGACUGUGAGAUGAAGGAUCCAUGCCGUGAUAAGAAGUGUCCGUACGGGGCGCGGUGUAUCGCCUCGGUAGACGGACUCACUGCCACCUGUGAAUGUCCGACGCGGUGUCCUGCCUAUGGAGACCACACCGGCUCGCGGCCUGUCUGUGGCAGCGACGGGAUCGACUACAAGGACCAAUGCGAGCUGAGACGCGCGGCGUGUGCUGCCAAUCGGGAGGUCACAGUCAGGUUUCACGGAAAGUGCGAUCCAUGCGAGAACGUGAAUUGUCCUCAGCCAGAGGUGUGCCAACUGGACGAACAGAGGAACCCUGUGUGCAGAUGUGGGGACACUUGUUCUCUGGAAUUCACACCGGUGUGCGGGUCUGACGGCAAGACGUACCAGAAUGAGUGCAGCCUUAGACAGGAGGCCUGCAGGUCCAGGAAGAACCUCAGGAUCAUCUACCGAGGAAAAUGCAGCUCAGGUGUAAACCCCUGCGUGUCUCUGCUCUGUAAGAGUGGUGAGGAAUGCGGCAUCGACAAGUUCGGGAUUGCGCACUGCGAGUGCCCGCCCCAGUGUGAACCUGUCAUGAGACCAGUUUGUGGGCAGGACGGCCGCACUUACGAGUCCCAGUGCGAGAUGAGGCGAGCCGCCUGCAUGCAGAAGAAGCUCCUAGAAGUCAAGUAUACAGGCUCUUGUGGUGCCACGGGCCCAUGCAGGUCUCAUGUUUGUGACUAUGGUGCACAGUGUGUAGAACGAGGUGGUCGAGCAGAGUGUGACUGUCCAGUGUGUCCGGCCGAGUUUGACCCGGUGUGUGGGUCAGAUGGGAUCUCCUAUGGCAACGAAUGCAAGCUCAGGCUAGAAGCAUGUCAGCAUCACCGAGAAAUCGCCAUCCUGUACAAAGGCCUCUGCAAUGGCUGUGAAAAUAAGAAAUGUGACCACUACUCCAUCUGUGAGAGUGACGGCAGUGGCGCGGCCAAGUGUGUGUGCCCCGAAGCGUGUGUUGAUGUGCGCUCACCCGCCUGUGGGACGGAUGGUGUGACUUACAAGAACGAGUGUGAGAUGCGUGUUGCAGCCUGCAAGAGUAAGCAGUUCGUUAUGGUGGCGUAUAAGGGCGACUGCGACUUGUGCCAGGGGGUGGAGUGCCAGUGGGGUGCAAGGUGUGAGGCUGGAGAAUGUGUGUGUCCCACAAACUGUGGUAACUCAGCUGGUAUCCACAUGUCUGAGCCUGUCUGUGCUUCCAAUAUGGUGACAUAUCCUAAUGAGUGUGAACUUCAGCGUGCAUCCUGCAACCAGCCACCUGGCAUCCCCCCACUUACUGUCAUAUUCUACGGGGAUUGCCGUGAGAAGAAUGCUGUUCCUGCAACCGCUCCGACUUUGCCAUCAUCAAGGCAAGGCCAGGGUCAAGGCCACCAAGUGACCUCCAUCACCAUACGCCCACAAGUAACUUUACCAAACAGUAACAGUAACAUUCAUACAAAUGCCAUCACUAACAAUGGUAACAGAAGUUCUGUGAGCAGUAAUAGUGUCAGUGAAGCAUGCCGUGACAUUCAUUGUGACUUUGAUGCAACCUGUGAACUGGGACCUGAUAACUUCCCACGUUGCUCUUGUCAAUUUGACUGUGCAUCAGCCAUGGGUGAAGGAGGAGGGAAACCGGUGUGUGCAUCAGAUAUGAGGAUGUACCCAUCUAUAUGUGUGAUGAAGAUGGAGGGGUGCCAGAGGCAGGAGGAACUGCGGCUGCGGCCACUGGAUCUGUGUGAAGGUAUGAAAGUCAAGCCUUGCAAUGGAGGGCUCCCACUGGCUGACCCAGACACAAGACGAGAGUAUGACUGUGGGAGUGGGCCCAACAGACAAGACUGUCCUUCAGGGAGCUACUGUCACCAAACCCCUCACUUUGCACGCUGUUGUGAGAAAGACCUGAAUGCCAACCACAAAAGCUGUGAAGACUCUUGGUAUGGCUGCUGCCCUGAUGGAAAGACAGCUGCCUUGGGGUCAGACAAUGCUGGUUGUCCAUCCAUGUGUGGAUGUAAUAAGCUUGGAUCCUACUCAGACACUUGUGAUCCUAUAACUCAGCAGUGUUCUUGCAAACCGGGUGUAGGAGGACUCAAGUGUGAUCGAUGUGAACCAGGAUUCUGGGGACUUCCCAAAAUAUCUGAGGGAUACCAAGGAUGCAUCCCAUGUGGAUGUUCACUGUUUGGGUCAGUGCGUGAUGACUGUGAACAGAUGACAGGACGAUGUGUGUGCAAGCCAGGAAUUCAGGGACAGAAAUGUACAGUCUGUACUGGUCAUAAGAAGAUCCUGGGACCUACUGGUUGUGUUUCUGCUGACUCAACAACGCCUGUACCAGGUUCAUGUGCAGACCUAACAUGUUAUUUCGGUGCAUCCUGCGAAGAACGUCGUCCUGGUCAUGCAGAAUGUGUCUGUCGUUCAACAUGUGCAGAUGAAGACUCUGCCAGCUCCCAUGUAGUCUGCGGUAAUGAUGGACAGACAUACGGCUCAGAGUGUCAGCUCAAACUCUUUGCCUGUCGCUACCAGAAGGACAUAGUGGUCCAGGCACUUGGACCUUGUAAAGAGGACAUGUUUCCUGGCACUGAGUGGCCACUGCGCCGUUCCACUUCCCAUCGCUUCACAGAACCUGAGGAUGUUAGUUCGCCAUUGUACAAGUCAACACGGCAUCUUCUGGUACCAGACCCUCCAAACCAGCGUUACUACUACAACAGUCACAACGAAGAUGAAGCAAACAGCCUCACAUCUCAAUCUCUGCACCACCUGGGUCCAGGAUAUAUGCACAGCAGCAAUGAUGUUCACUAUGCAGCAGGCUACCGUCCAACUCCAGCCACAAUCCGGGUGAUAACAGCACUGUUAGGGGAUUUGUGCACCAUUGAUUCAGACUGUGGAGUGAAAUAUAGUCGCUGUGUUGGUGGGGCCUGCAUGUGCAAGGAUGGACAUGCUGAGACACCUGACCGACAAGAGUGCCUAGCCAACACUCCUCCGGUUCACCCAACAAUAGAGUUCAGAGCCUGUGCAUCACAGCCUUGUCAGCACGGUGGAAUGUGCCUUGAUGUGUCUCAUGGUUCCUUCACCUGCCAGUGUAAGCCUCAGUGGACAGGGUCUCAGUGUGAAGAUCCAGUUGUUCAACGAGCCUAUGAUAUUCCUGCCUUUGAUGGGCACUCUUAUGUGCAACUCAAACGACUGAAGGCUUACAACAAGCUGAGCUUGGAGGUGGAGUUUAAAACAUAUGCUAAUGAUGGCAUCAUACUGUACAAUCAGCAGAAGGAGGAUGGAACUGGUGACUUUGUAUCUAUUGGUUUAGUAAAUGGAUAUGUUGAGUUCCGCUACAACCUGGGGAAUGGGCCAGUAGUGAUCACAUCAUUAGACCGCGUGGAGAUGAAAAAGUUCCACCGUGUGGUGGUAAAACGUUACCAUCGUGAUGGCAUGCUCAAACUGGAUGAUUAUGAAGAUGUUGCAGGACAGUCACAAGGGUCUUUGAAAGCCCUUGACUUGGUGGAAGAUGCCUACGUAGGAUAUGUGCCUACAAAUGUCUCCAAGGUGUUCGAGAAUAUUGGAACAGCAAUGGGCUUGAUGGGCUGCAUUCGAAAGCUGAAGAUCGGUCGUCGUCUUGUUGAGUUACAUGAGGGUCAAGACGUCAUGGUGGAACACGUAGUAGGAGUUCGAGAAUGUGGAGAGAACCCUUGUUCCAGUCUUCCUUGCUUGCAUGGUGCUACCUGUCAUGCCAUAGAUUCAGACAAGUUCCGGUGUGCAUGCACUCCAGAAUUUUCAGGAGAUUUGUGUCAGGAGCGUGUGGACCCUUGUCUUUCCCAGCCUUGUACUGCUGGAUCAACAUGUGAUGCUCUUCCACAGGGAGGCUUCAUCUGCAUGUGUCCACCUGGCAGGAAGGGGAAAUUGUGCCAAGACUUGGAUGCUGAAUUACACGAAGUUUUCAUCCCAGAGUUUAAUGGAGAUUCUUACCUGGAACUGCCACGACUUGAGGGGGUUGGUCGUGCCUUCUCACUUGAAGUGUGGUUUCUGUCUCGGGAGCCAGAUGGAAUCCUGCUGUAUAAUGGCCAGCUCACUAAUGGAAAGGGCGAUUUUAUCUCUGUACAUCUUGUUAAUGGAUACAUCCAGUUCCAGUUUGAUUUGGGCAGCGGUGCAGCCAAUCUCACCUCACCAGAACCCAUUCUUCUGGGACAGUGGCAUGCAGUCAAAGUGAGUCGGCUUAACCAGGAAGGAGUUUUGCAGCUGGAUGGGGGGCCACCUACCAAAGGAACAUCUGGACCACCUCUGAAUGAACUGAACCUAGAACUGCCCCUUUAUAUUGGGGGAGUUAUGUCUUUAAUGGAAGUUAACCGGGAUGCUCGGAUAACAAGAGGUCUCAAUGGGGCUAUCCAGCGUCUCAUAGUUAAUGGCCACACAUGGCAAAACCUAGCAGAAAGAGCAGGCUCUGAACAUCAAAAAGGAAUAUCCCGCUAUGAUGGACCCCCAUGCGCCACUUCCCCUGAGGCUAAUCCAUGUCUCAAUGGUGGAAUCUGUCAGCCCAUGUUGGCAAUGUAUGUCUGCAAGUGCCCCCUAAAGUACAAUGGAAAACACUGUGAGAAUCGCAUUGACAGCAUAGAUAUGGAGAGACCUGUUAGAUUCACAGGAGAGACAUUCUAUCAGUAUCCCAAUAAAGUUGGAAAAAGUGCUACUAACAUGACUCUAGACACUAACUAUACAAGUAUAGAUAUGGAGGGUGAGGAGGAGGAGGAGGAAGAAGAAGAGGAAGAGUUUAUGGAUGGGGAAGUGGAAGGAGUGGAGGAAUAUGAUAUGAAUGAGGAGGAUGACAUGUAUGAUGAGGAUGAUACUGAGUUUUUUAACAUUGGGAAAAAAGGUGAAAGAACAAACAGGUAUGAGUUCAAGUUCCGGACAACUGAAUCAAAUGGUCUGAUUCUAUGGUUGGGGAAGGGGAGGACACUUUCUGGGGACUUCCUGGCCAUUGCCUUGGUGAAUGGGUAUGCAGAGCUUAGCUUUAAUCUUGGUCGACAACACAGUUUCCUUGCCAUCCGCUCCAAGGUUCUUGUAAGUGAUGGAACUUGGCACACCUUGGUAGCACAUCGCCGCAAAAGACAUGCAUGGCUGCAGAUAGAUGAUGAGUCACCUGCAAGGGGCGUGGCAGAUCCUGGUGCCACAUUGCUCAACACCAAUGCUCGCUUGUGGAUAGGUGGAGCACCCACACUCCCCUCUGGACUUCCAGCGCCAUACUACUUAGGAUUCAAAGGCUGCAUGGAUGUAGUUAAAGUAUCCAGGAAACCACUAGACAUGCUCAACAGGCUUGGAAAUGAUCGUUCUGUUAUCCAUUUCUGUCAUGAUAAUGAUGUCUGAUCUGUAAGAUAAUUUGUCAUUUUGUGUUGACAAGAAUACAUGUUAGGACAUGUCGUGCAAUAGGAGCUACCCAACACCAAAUCUUUCCAAGACAGUGAUUUGUGACUGCUCUAUUGCCUAUGAGAGAAGAUGAAGGAAUCUUAUGACUGGAUGCACUUUGGUGCAAAUUCAGCUCAUAAACAAAGAUAUCUUUCCUCUGUGUAUAACAGUUUGCUCUAACAAGGUGAUGUGAGUAUUGAACGUAAUUCCUUAAUAGUACAAGCACUUUGUUGCUCUGGACAUUGCAAAAUACGGUGAGAUAAAGUGAACAAGCAUACGAAAGCAUUAAAAAUGAAAAUCAGUAUGAUAUCAGGGUGUUCAGUAUGUCAACACACACAGUGCAUAAAUGUGUCUUUAAUACUGAUGAUUGAUCAAACAUUUCAGACUGAAGUGAUGUGAAUGAGUGAAAGAAGGAUAUUGAUUGUUAAAGAAGAAUUUAAUUUUUUUCAAGAAUUAGUAUUUGAUAUCAGAAUGUCCCCUUCUAACAUCAUAGAUUUUUUAAGAGUUAUCACAGAUAGGAGAUAACUGUUUACUUAGGUCAUAACAUAAGUUGCGUUUUUACAUGGCAGAAAAUGGAUGGAGGAAGAGAACUUGUGAUUAAACGCAACACGAAAGAUUAUCAACUUA